AUGGCCGUUGCCUUUUCAGAUCUGCACACAGAAGCCGGCCUCAAGGCACUCGAGAGCUUCCUUGCUGGAAAAUCUUACAUCUCCGGGAACAAACUGACGAAAGAUGACGUCAAGGUGUACGCCGCUCUUUUGAAGGAGCCGAGCGCCGAUCUUUACCCCAAUGCCAGCAAGUGGUAUGGAGCUAUCUCCGCAAAGCUUGCGGCCAGCUUUCCAGGAACGGCUGUUGGAGUAAGCAUUGGAGGUCAAGCUGCCGUUGCUCCUGCUAAGGAAACUAAGGAGUCUGCUGCUGACGAUGAUGAUGAUGACCUCGAUCUAUUUGGUGAUGAGACCGAAGAAGAGAAGAAGGCUGCAGAAGCGAGAGAGGCUGCUGCAAAGGCAUCUGCUAAAAAGAAAGAGAGUGGAAAAUCCUCCGUUCUUAUGGAUAUUAAGCCAUGGGAUGAUGAGACUGACAUGAAGAAGCUGGAAGAAGCUGUUCGCAGUGUUGAAAUGCCAGGCCUCUUUUGGGGAGCAUCGGGCGCGGCUGGUAGAAGCUUCACGGCGCGGGGCCUUCACGAGCGUAACAUGCACACAGGAUUAACGGCGCCGCGGCGUGGCGCUGUGCCGCCGCGCAGAGAGGUAAGCUGCAGCGGCGUGGGGCUUCAUCUUGGCGCGGCGUGGGGAAGUGUCGCGGCGCGAGGAGGUCGGGUGCCACGGCGUGCAGCCUUGCCGCGGCGCGGUAGACUAAUUAAUAAAGUGGGCCUCGGAGUCUUCAAAUGGGAGGAGGAUUAA